AUGGCCAGUACUAAACUCGUGGUGGAAGUUCACGACGCUAGCGACCUGAUGCCCAAAGAUGGCGACGGGUUUGCGAGUCCCUUCGUUGAGGUGGACUUCGAGGGGCAGCGGCAGCGGACUCAGACCAAGCCCAAAGAUCUCAAUCCUUACUGGAACGAGAAGCUCGUCUUCAACAUCGACGACCCAUCUCACCUCUCCCACAAGACCGUCGACGUUGUCGUUUACAAUGACAGAAAAACCGGACACCAUAAGAAUUUCCUCGGCCGUGUGCGAAUCUCCGGCGUCUCCGUCCCUCUCUCCGAGUCUCAGGCCACCGUCCAGCGCUACCCGCUUGAUAAACGCGGCCUCUUCUCUAAUGUCAAAGGCGAUAUUGCCCUCAGAAUCUACGCUGUUCAAGAUUACAGUAGCAAGGGUGACUUUGCUCCGCCACCGCAAGCACCGCCAGUGAUAAAUGAUGAAUUUGUUACUGCUAGCACUGGUGGUGCUGCAGAGGCUGCUCCUCCUCCUCCUCCUCUGCAGGAAAUCAAUACUAAUAGGAUCGAUGAGGAGAUUCAACACCGCCAGUUUGGGGGAGAGAAGAUCAAGAAGAAGAAGGAAAAGGAAGUGAGAACUUUCCACACCAUCGGUACUGGGACGGGUGGCGGUGGCGGUGGCGGAGGAGGUGGCGCGGCGGAGGUGGCGGGUUCCUAUCCACCUCCUCCAAUGUCAUCCGGGUUUGGAUUUGAGACAUACCAAAUGAAGGAGAAGGCGCCCACCGUCGAAACAAGGACGGAUCUUGCCCGGGCGGGUCCUGCCACGGUUAUGCACAUGCAGCAGCAGGCUCCGCGGCAGAACCCGGAAUUCGCCCUGGUGGAGACAAGUCCACCAUUAGCAGCGCGGCGGUACAGAGGGUUUGGAUUUGGAGGGGACAAGACUUCGAGCACAUACGAUCUGGUUGAGCAGAUGCACUUCUUGUAUGUGAGUGUGGUGAAGGCGAGAGAUCUUCCCGCCAUGGAUGUUACAGGAAGCCUUGAUCCUUAUGUGGAGGUGAAGCUUGGCAACUACAGAGGGGUGACAAAGCAUUUGGAAAAGAACCAGAACCCCGUGUGGAACCAGAUUUUCGCCUUCUCGAAAGAGCGCCUGCAAUCCAAUCAGCUUGAAGUCACCGUCAAAGACAAGGAUUUUGCCAAGGAUGAUUUUGUGGGGAGACUACAUUUCGACCUCACCGAAGUCCCCCUUCGCGUGCCGCCCGACAGCCCUCUGGCUCCUCAGUGGUACAGGUUGGAGGACAAGCACGGGCGCAAGGUGGCAGGAGAGCUUAUGCUUGCUGUUUGGGUGGGGACUCAGGCCGACGAGUCUUUUCCCGACGCCUGGCAUUCCGAUGCGCACGACAUUGGCCACGUCAAUCUGGCCUCCACUCGCUCAAAGGUUUACUUCUCCCCCAAGCUAUAUUACCUUCGAGUUCAAGUUCUGCAGGCUCAGGAUCUUGUCCCUUGGGACAGAAACCGCCCCUUGGAUACAUAUGUCAAGGUACAGCUUGGGAAUCAGCUCAGAGUCACAAGGGCUUCCCAAGUGCGCACUGUUAACCCCAUUUGGAACGAUGAGCUCAUGUUCGUGGCCUCCGAGCCUUUCGACGAAUUCAUAAUUAUAUCAGUCGAUGAUAAGGUUGGUCCUGGAAAGGACGAGGUAUUAGGGAACCUGAUUCUUUCGGUUAGGGACGUUCCUCAGAGAAUUGACACUCACACUCAGAAGCUCCCCGAGCCUAAAUGGUUCAAUCUCCGCAAGCAUUCAGCAGCUGCUGAAGAAGAAAGUGAAAAGAAGAAGGAGAAGUUCUCGAGUAAGAUUCAGCUUCGCAUCUGUCUAGAGGCCGGUUAUCAUGUUCUUGAUGAGUCCACUCACUUUAGCAGCGAUCUUCAGCCGUCGUCCAAGUUCCUGAGGAAACCGGGCAUUGGGAUUCUUGAGCUUGGGAUCCUGAGUGCCAAAAAUUUGCCGCCUAUGAAGGGAAAGGAGGGUAGGACUACUGAUGCCUACUGCGUGGCCAAGUACGGAAACAAGUGGGUGCGAACCAGAACGCUUCUCAACACUCUGACUCCUCGCUGGAAUGAGCAGUAUACUUGGGAAGUUCAUGAUCCAUGUACUGUCAUCACCAUUGGUGUUUUCGACAAUUGCCAUUUCAACGGAAGCAAGGAAGAAGCGAGAGAUCAGAGGAUUGGGAAGGUGAGAAUUCGAUUGUCGACUUUAGAAACUGAUCGAGUUUAUACGCAUUUCUAUCCCCUGCUGAUCCUCACACCCUCGGGUUUAAAAAAGCACGGGGAACUUCAGUUAGCAUUGAGGUUCACUUGCACUGCUUGGGUUAACAUGGUAGCCCAAUAUGGAAGACCAUUGCUUCCAAAGAUGCACUAUAUCCAACCUAUACCUGUUAGGUACGUUGAUUGGCUCCGCCACCAAGCAAUGCAAAUUGUAUCGACGAGGCUAGCCCGUUCAGAGCCACCGCUCAGGCGGGAGAUUGUCGAGUACAUGUUAGAUAUAGACUACCAUAUGUUUAGUCUGAGGAGAAGCAAAGCCAACUUCCAUCGCAUAAUGUCUGUUCUUUCCAGUGUCACGACUGUCUGCAGAUGGUUUAACGACAUUUGCUGCUGGAGAAACCCGAUCACAACGUGCCUCGUCCAUAUCUUGUUUGUGAUUUUAGUUUGCUACCCAGAACUAAUACUGCCCACAAUUUUCCUCUACCUCUUUGUCAUUGGCAUAUGGAACUACAGGUUCAGGCCAAGGAGCCCGCCGCACAUGGAUGCUCGGAUUUCACAGGCAGAGUUCACCCAUCCGGAUGAGUUGGACGAGGAAUUUGACACCUUCCCCACUAGUCGACCCCCCGCCGACAUUGUGAGGAUGAGGUACGACAGGUUGCGUAGCGUGGCGGGAAGGGUGCAGACGGUGGUUGGAGAUUUGGCAACCCAAGGGGAAAGAGCCCAAGCAUUACUAAGCUGGAGGGAUCCGAGAGCAACAGCAAUCUUCAUCAUCUUCUCGUUGAUCUGGGCCGUGUCCAUAUACGUUACUCCGUUCCAGAUCGUGGCAGUGCUGCUCGGAGUCUACUUGCUUCGGCAUCCGCGAUUCAGGAGCAGGAUGCCUUCUGCACCAGUUAAUUUCUUCAAGAGAUUGCCAUCCAAGUCAGAUAUGUUACUAUGAAACUGGAGCUAUUACCUGCAGCUAAUUAUCUUGAUUAUUCACUUCAUUCUUGUGAAGAAAAAGGGUACUUAGUAAAUAAACCAACUAAAUAAUAUGUACAUCCAGUUUGUCAAUCCCAUCUCCAGAGUCAUUCUUUAAGAUUUCUAUCUCGUUCGGAACUGUUUUUUUAAGAAACACUUAUGCUCAUAAGCAGUUUAUGUAAAAGCGCUUUUAUUAGCGCAUUUAAAUUUUUAAUAAAUAUGCAAGUGCUUCAUGG